GUGUUGCGCAGAGUUUAACACAUCUCUGGCGCAUAUGUCAGUAGAUCGUGGCGUAAACAGUUUGUGGGUAGUGGGUGUACUUUUUGUUUAUAUGAUAUUACCACACUAUGUUUAUUAAGUUUAUGAUAAUUAUUUCAUUCGUGUGUGUUGGAUACGCCAGGAUACAUAAGCUGGAAAUCAAGAAUGAUGCCCGAAAAUACAUUGCUCUUAGCACGUUUGGUUUUUACAAACGUGGAAUAUUAGAUGUGAAACUUACAGACUUCCAUGCACAUCCUUUUGAUGAAAAUGCUGUUUUUGGAUUCAGUCUGGAUCGGACAUUAAGUGAUGCUAUGAAUCCAUAUUUGGAUAGCCAUCAGGAUGGUUGUCUCCUACAACACCCUCCAAAUGAGGACUCCACAGGAGCUGUUAUUUAUUUUAUAAUGGACCUACAAAAUCAAAAGUUACGUGUGAACUGCAGUGGUGAAAUGCAGAAUCUUAGAAUUUACAAGAAUCGGAAUGACAUGCCUCCUGCAAUGAGACCCAAGAGAGAAUUUGGUAUAUCGCCACUUACACAUACAACACUUUUUAAUCAGAGAACAAGACGCAGCAUACCUCGGCAUGAUAAACAAGCAGCUAGUACACCAUCUGGAGGUUGUGUUCAGCAGAGCUUCAACUUGACUGUUCAGACUCGGGAGAAUGAGAAUUACUACAAUGCUAAUUUUUCUAUGCGUGUGACCAGUGAGAGUGAUGAAGGAUUGUACAAUCUGUACUUUCAUAACUGUGCAAACUACAAGGAAGGUACAAAAGUGAGCUUAGAUUUCACAAUAUCCAUAGAGGAAAAUAAUGAUGGUAACUACUUAUCAGCAGGAGAAAUGCCACUUCCAGCAUUAUAUUUCACAAUGGCUUUAUUGUUUUUCUUGUCUGGAUGCUUUUGGGUUUUCAUUUUGAGGAAAAGCAAGCAUCCAGUCUUCAAGAUACAUUAUCUGAUGGCUAUUCUUGUAUACUUAAAAUCAUUAUCCCUAAUGUUCCAUGGGAUAAAUUAUCACUUCAUACAGACAAAAGGUGAACAUAUUGCAGCUUGGGCAAUACUAUACUACAUUGCUCAUUUACUGAAGGGUGCAGUUUUGUUCAUAACAAUUGUUCUUGUUGGAACAGGGUGGACAUUUAUCAAACAUAUUUUGUCAGAGAAGGACAAGAAAAUAUUCAUGAUUGUUAUUCCUUUGCAGGUCCUAGCAAAUGUAGCUGAGAUAAUUAUUGAUGAAUCAGAAGAAGGAGCAGUAGAACAUAGAAUAUGGAGAGUUGUGUUUAUACUUGAUCUCCUUUGCUGUGGAGCAAUUCUGUUUCCAGUCGUAUGGUCUAUUAGGCACCUACAGGAAGCAUCUCAUACUGAUGGAAAGGCAGCAAUAAAUUUGCGCAAAUUGAAGCUUUUUCGUCAUUUUUAUAUAAUGAUUGUGUGCUAUAUUUACUUCACCAGGGUUAUUGUGUAUUUAUUGAAGAUAACAGUACCAUUUCAGUAUGAGUGGUUAGAUGAAAUGUUCAGAGAAAUGGCUACAUAUGUGUUCUUUGUACUCACUGGAUAUAAAUUCCGGCCUGCAUCAGCAAAUCCCUACUUUCAAGCAAAUACAGAUGAUGAUGACGAUGAAGAAAUGGAUGUUGUGAUUAGUCAAUCAGGCCUUACCGAAGGACUCACAAAGAUUGCACGCUCCUCUAAGCAACACCCAGUUGAAGAUGCAUCUGAAGAAGAGAAGGAUGCCCUCAUUGCUAAACGUGAAAGUAGUCAUGAAUAUGACUGACUGAAUCAUGGAAAUUCAGUGUAAUUUCCAAGGUUUUACACAUGUGAAAAGAAAGUAUGAACUGUGUACAUAUAAAUGGUUAAUUUAUUGACUGAUCACUUUAUUGAAAAAUACAUUUUGUAUCACAAACUUUAAGUGGGCAAACAUGUUCCUUGUUCUGUUCAAGACACAAUGCCACUCAAGAUCUCAACAGAGAAGCUCUUCUGGGUCAUAAUACUGCAUAUUUUGUGUAAUCUAUGAAAUGUGGGAUACCAGAUAUUUACUUUAAAGUGUCAUGAUGAAGUAAUACAACUGUAUUAUUAUGGUGAUACAUCAUCUUUGAUGUGUUAAUCAUUGUCCCUUGCGUAACUGUAUUCAGUGACUGUGCAGAUGCAGUAUUGUUAAAUUUUGAUGAAUUAAUGUUUAGUUUUGAAUUCUCCCUGUCAGCUAAGAUGUGACUUCAUACUUUGGUAAACACUGAUAAUGAGGUAGUAUAUAUUGAUGGAUAAUCCAAUAUGUAUUGCAAAAAUGAGGACAGAUAACUAAUUACUAAAUAGAAGAGUUGCUGAGUAGUGAACAGGCACAUAGAAUGUAUGGACAAUACAUUGACAAGACAGUCUUCCUUCAGAAAACACACACACACACACACACACACACACACACACACAC